AUGUCUUCGUGGAAGGUGGAUGUUUUGUCUCAGUUUUUUCCUCCUACUAUAGUGCAGGAAAUUCUCAAAGUUUACAUUAGUCAGUGGGAUAAACCGGAUGAGGUCAUUUGGCGUCCAAAGAGGUCAGGUAGAUUUUCUGUGAGGCAUGCUUAUAAAUUGGCCAUCUCCAUGUCUAAUUUUGCAGGUGCUUCUCUUCCUCCUUGUCCGUGGUCUUCGAUUUGGUGGUGUCGUACUCUAUCUAAGGUGCAACAUUUUCUUUGGCGCUGUUGUCUGCAUGCCGUACCGGUUCGGGUAGCUUUGCUGGACCGCGGGUGUGUGGUAUCGCCUCUUUGUCCUCGUUGUGGCUUAUGGGAGGAAUCCGUUGUGCAUCUCAUAUUUUCUUGCCCUCACUCCCUUCAGGUGUGGAAGUUAUCCCCACUGCGUCUUGAUUUAUCAGCUCAUUCAUUUCCGUGUUUCUGGGUUGCCUCCAUAAAUCGGUUGGUCUUUAAGGGCUUUUUAUGGAGGCCUGAAAUUGUGGUUAAGAAGGCUGUGGCUAGUUUUUGGGAGUUUCAUGAUGCUCAAUCCCUCCAUUCGUCCGUGCAAGCUGAUUCGGUUAUCAAUUUGGUGGAUUUGUGGCGUCCUCCUCCUUCUGGAACUGUUAAGUGCAAUUUUGAUGCUUCUUUUUGUCGGCAAUCUCUACAGGGGGUGGCUGAGGUGUUGGUGUGUCAACGAGCUGUUUUCUGCGCUAUGCGUUUGGGUUUUUCUUGCUUAUGGUUUGAGUCCGAUGCUUUGGUGGUUGUGAAUGGGGGUAAUAGGGUGGCUCAUGCGUUGGCAACUCUUUCACGACCUGGGAUGGUGUCGGAUCUAUUUUCCUCUUCUUUACCUCCUUCAGUCGUUCCAUUGGCUGUUGCUGAUGUCGUUUUGUAG